UUUAAUAAACUCCAUAGUAGGAGUAGAGACAAGAAGAGAUAAGAAAGAAAAAUAUCUGCUGGUGCUGGAUACGGCAAAUGGCUUUAGAACAAAUGCUUUUAUCGUCAUCGAGUAAACUUUUCCUUUGUUCGCGCGGAAGCUCGCUUUCGUACACCCAAUCCCUAACCCCCCAAAUUUCCAUUCAUUUCUCCUCUCACCGUAGCCGCUCGCGUUUUGGAGGCAGAAUCAGAUACUCCCUUGAUUACAGAAAUGAAAGCUAUGGCCAUCAGGUGGCGCACCCUAAACCGGCCGAGAUUCAGUGGAGGAAGGAGCUGACUAACAUGGUGCACCUCAUCGGCAUAGUCGCUAUCCCCGUGGAGAUCAAGCACCUCCCUUCCGGUAAGGUCCUUGCCUGGACCCGCCUUGCCGUCAAAAAAUCAGCCACCGACACCACCUGGAUCAAUUUGACCUUAUGGGAUGAGCUGGCACAUGUUGCAUUCCAGCAUGUAGAGAAAGGUCAACAAAUAUAUGUUUCCGGGCGACUAGUCUCAGAUACAGUUGAAAAUGACGAUGGGAAGCAGCAGACCUACUAUAAGGUAGUUGUCCAAGAACUGAAUUUUGUAGAAAGAAACUCCUCAUCAAUGACCUUGAAUAAUCGCGACUCUAAUUAUAUGACGGCUGGUAAGAGAUUAGGAAACAACAAUGCAACUAAUACUGGUUCCACACAAGAACUCUGGCAGGUUUUUGCAAAUCCUUUGGAUUGGUGGGAUAAUAGGAAAACCAAGAGGAGUCCGAAGCAUCCAGAUUUCAAGCACAAAGAUACUGGAGAAGCAUUGUGGGUCGAAGGUAGGUACAAUCCACCAUGGGUGAAGUCUCAACUUGGAAUAUUGGAUACAAGAAUGGGGUCUCUUCAUGAUCAGGAUAACAGAAUGAGAGUAGAAUCUCUGACUGCUGAUGAUCUGAUGCCAUUUUAGGACUUGUUAUGAUCUUCUUCCUCUCUUCUAGCCUCCUCCUUCUCAUUUUGUAAAUCAGAAAGUUUGAGGCUAUUCUGUAAAGAGGGGGCUUUUACAUGUGUUGCCUUCUACAUAUCAGUACAUACAGGAUUACUUCGAUAAUUUCCAUAUCUAGAUGAUUUUAAAUUGCUUAGAGAA